UGGGGAGCGUGAGUACUUGUUAAACGAGGUUAAGCGACCCUGUUUAGUUUCAAGAUUUAUCAAGUUUACCCCACUGCAAACUCUAGUUUCGUAAAUAGUCGUGGGAAAGCGAAAGGUUUCUAAAAAUCCCUGAUCGGCAGAAAAAUGACGGCCUCUAACAUCGGCAAUGGUCCGGAGAAGAAUUUCAACGCAAAAGAAGAGCGAAAGCUGCGGAAACCCUUGAUAGAGAAGAAACGCAGAGAGAGGAUAAACUCAAGCCUUGAGCAGCUAAAGGGUAUUAUGGUGGAUGCCUACAAUUUGGAUCAAUCUAAAUUGGAGAAGGCAGAUGUUCUUGAGAUAACAGUCCAGCACAUGGAGAAUCUUCAGAGAGGUUCAGGCGGUAGCAUCAGUCCAGGCACUGGGUUUGAGUCUCGACAAAGAUACAGUAGCGGUUAUAUUCAAUGCAUGCAUGAGGUGCACAACCUGCUCCUGAGUUGCCCUGGGAUGGACAAGACUCUGGGUGCUCGUCUGCUAAACCACUUGCUGAAAUCUCUUCCCCAUGUCAGCACUGAGGCCGGCGGCACAAGUUCUGCUGUCACCCCUAGCCCUCUUCCUCUAUCCCCUACCCAAUCCCCUCUAAACCUGGCCUCCUUACACCCCCGUCCUUUCCACCUGCACACCCCUCCAAUUCCUUCCCCACCCUCCAGCCCCACUCACUCUCCCAGAGUCCCACCGAAUAGAGAGAGACCACGCGAACAGUCCUCUCCCCCCAGGUCUCCUUCCCCUCAGACUCCAGCACGAUCGGCCCUCCCCCCUUUCUUUCCAGGAGCUGAUCCCUCAAUGUGGAGACCCUGGUGAAUGAAUGUAGCCCAGCCCCCCAUUUGCCCUCCUUUGGCCUGCCCUCUUCCACCUAAUGGUUUCCAUUACAUUUGCUCUCUUGAGAGGUUGAGUGCUUUCCACUCAAAGGGGUGCAUCAUAUCCAGUUACAAAGUCCCAUGGGGUUGUGUGGUAUCAUUUAAAGCACUGUACUGCAUGCUUAGAAGCAAAUUAUGCUAUGUUAAUGUUUUGAGGAUAUGAUCACAAAUGACACCAAAGCUGCCCUUGUUGACUAGUAUUGCUUUCUUGACCACUUGUAGGGAAAGCUUAUAAUACCUUACUUUGCUUUUUCUCUCUUUUUUUACUAGAUGGGUUUUAGACAUGGUGUACUGUGGGUUUUAGGGGAUUUUAUGCAUGUUUCUCUAUCCAAUAUGCAAAUCACUAAUGGUGACUUAGAAAGGGUAGAACUGAGAAGAUCAUUUGUGAAGAAUAUACUCCAUCCUUGUAUAUUACAAGAACAGAGGAGUCUGACUAGUACCUCAUAUUGAAGCAGUUAAAACUGAUUUUCUUUAUGAAAAAUCAGAACUGUGUAUUGAUUUUGUAUUUUCAAAACUUUUGUAAUAAAGGUGAAUAAAAAAAAGAA